ACGAAGAUUGUGUAAAUCAAUAACAUUCAGAUCAUAAUUUUUAAAAAAUACCGAUUUAGGUUAUGUUAUUGUUGUGGUUCGAUGAGUCGCAAACAUAGUUGGUGUAGAGCCGCAAGGGUCGCUGCUGCUGAUGAACAGCUGUCAAGAUCAGAGGGCGCAGUUAUCGUCGAUUGUUACAAAAGGUGAGAACAUGGAAGGUAAUCAACAAUUCAAUCUACGAUGGAAUAACCAUACGAACAAUAUUUUGCAGGUAUUUAUGGAACAUUUGUCCUCAGAACAAUUGGUUGAUGUAACUCUAUCUUGUCAAGGGCAAUUCGUAAAAGCACAUCGAAUGAUAUUAUCUGCAUGCAGUCCAUAUUUUCAGGAACUCUUCAAACACCAUACUGCAAAACAUCCUGUCGUGAUUUUGAACGGUAUCAAGUGUGAAGAUCUUCAAAUGAUCAUUAAAUUUAUGUAUCACGGCGAAAUUCGUGUACAAGAAGCUGAGUUAGAUGACUUACUUGCUGCAGCUGAAACUCUUCAAAUCAAAGGUCUUAGCAAUGUACGAAAUAAAUAUGAGAAAGGUGAAAUACAAUCACAGAAUGUGAAGAAAAAUUCAGUGCCAACACAAGAGAAUAAUGCUAGGAAAAAAGCUACGCCUCAAGUACUGGAUAGCUCCCGUAAAUCUACAAAGAGUACAGAGAAAAAUAAACUUCCACCAACUGAGCCACCUCGUGUUCGUAAACGGCGCAAAAUGUCGCAUACUAUUAAUGAGCUGGCUAAGGAAACGGUAUUCACUAGUAAUGGAGUAGUUUGUUUGAAUCCCCAAUCAGUAGGAAAUGAAACUGAUCCAGUGAUACCAAUGAUCAAAGUUGAACCGCCCGAUAUAAAGGAUGUUUCUGACGAGGAUGAAUCUCAUUCUCCAUCCUCUAGUGAGUUUCAGGUAAAAACAUUGAGGAUAAAAGGCAAAGGGAAACCAACUGGUCAGAAGGCUGUUAUAGUAAGAGAUAAGGCUCGAGUACCUGAUAAAAUUCCUCGGCCACCUAAUGCUUUUAUGAUUUUUGCUAAUGAAUGGAGACGAAAGAUGGCAUUCAAGUACCCAAAUGAAAGCAACAAAGAAAUCUCAGUAAGGCUAGGUGUGAUGUGGAAGGGAUUGGAUUUUCAUGCAAAAAAUGCCUACUUUGCAUCAGCAAAGAAAGCAGAUGAAGAUCAUAAGCGAAAAUAUCCUGGCUAUUAUUACAGUCCUAAAGAAGCACGUCUUAGAAAGAACUUGAAACAAGAUUUAAUGAUGGCCAGAUGUCUGCCAACUAAUAUUCGGGAAAUUGAUGCUGCUCGUCUUGUCAAAGUUUUCAUAAAUGUGGAUGAGCAGCAAGGAAACAUGGCUCCCAUAUCACCGAAGAAUAAAAAUAAUGAUGGAGAUGAGAAUGGAGACAAGGAUGGAUGCGACAAUGAAGACCAUGAUGGAGGUGAGAACGAUCUUCCGAAACCAGACAAAUUGAUUGAGAAAUUGUUGGAUGAAGAGAAAGAUAACGUCUGUCUUACCUCCGUAUCGACCCCAUAAGUUAUCUGUACUGACGAAAUGUUUCAUAAUUUUUCUUGUACAUUUUUUAAAUCGAUUAAUGAUUGAUAAGUUUGGUCCGAAAAGGAUUGGAGUUCGAACAUGUUAUUCACAUGUUUAACAAGAUCUACACAGUUGAUGCAGGAACAUCCAAAUAGUGUAAUACGUUUUCGCUACGUACUCUAAAUAUUCAGUUAUAUCAGAAUUACUGUAUUUACUUUUUAUAUCACGUAAUAUCAUAAGCAUAUAUUCUGGUGCUCAAUUUUUCAUAGUAGAGCUAACUUAUUGCUGGACAUUAAAUAAUCAUUCGAUUGUAAGAACUACGAAUAAUUUGGUUUUUGCAUGAUGACACAUUUGUAAUCGUUUCAUAUAAUAAAUUAGGGUAUAUAGAACCACCAGUUAAAAUAGAUAUUUCCAUAGAAUAGUAUAGGGCAAAAAAUGUACUUCCUAUAGAACGGUUCAAUUCAACUGUUGAUUCUAUAUACUCUAAUUUACUAUAUAUAUGCAUAUAGGGCAGUGAGACAUAAAAUAAU